ACAGUCCGGGCCUAACUCGCUUAGUGUGCGGCGGUCUAAUACCUCUUAUACUUCCUAUACGAACUCAGCUCACCAACUUUUAUCCCGAAUCCCGUCAAGUCUUAAUCGCCUUUGCCUAUUUCACUCAUUCUUCCUCGGUGUAUUUUUCGCUUUUAUUCUCUAUCAAUAAAUUCUUGAAAUUUCUUAAAAAAUAUUCGUCGAGUAUCAACUAGUGCAAUACGUUCCUUUUUUUUUAAGUACAUUAUUUUUAGUUUAUCGUCGUUUAAAGGCAAAGACGGUAUCAAGUCUUUUGUCCAAGAAUUUACCGACAAUCAUCAAUAUUAUAUAAGGUAAUCAGUGUUUGUAGACUAGUACUAUCGUCAACACAAGUUGACUUGUUUUUAGACCGUCCCGUAUAUAUUUAAAAGAUAGUUUUAAUUAAAAAACAAUCGUAAGGGUUCACUCGAAGAGUCAAUAUUAUUAGUGUUAAUUUUCAAAAUUAAGACAAUCAGUAUAUAAACUUUUUUGGAAUUUGAAAUAAAGCACAUUUACCUACGAGUUUCAAUUAGUAUAAAAAAACAUAUCUUGACUUACUUUAAAUUAAAAUAUAAUUAAAUAACAAAGGUUGUGUGCAAUAAAUUCAGUAUUAGCUUAAAUUUUUAUAGUAUCUAAAGAUUUAGUAUAAAAAAUUAGUGUAAAAGGACAUAUCUGUAAGUAAGUAAAAAGAAUAUAUAUUAUAUAGUCUAUUUUAAUUAAAUAAAAAUUUUAUAACGCUCAUUUCAAUCAAAAGAAAAAAAAAUUAUAAUCAUAGUAGACAAUCGUGCAAUAGGAAAUACCAAAUAAUUUCAACCAAAAGACAAUCUUUUUAUUCGACAAUCUGAUCAGUUACGAAAUCGAUUCGCUCACAACUGAUUCUAUAUUAAAUUAGAAUAAAUACAUAAUAAAGAAAAAUCAAAAUCGAUUAUCUAUAAUCGCGUCUUGCGAUAUUAGCAACCACGACGUACUUUUUCAACUCUCCCGGACAAUAUCCCUACGUAGUUCCCUUGUGUCCUGUAAUACCUUGUCCCGAGAUACCUCCAGCAUACGCACCUCAGCCUGCCUUACCUUGUCCUUGCGGCCAAUGUGCCCCUCAGCACAUGUACAAUAAUCAUCAAUUGACCGCACCGAGCACGUUAAUUGUCAACCGAUUUACGGAAAUCAACUAUUUUGACAACCCGCCACUGGCUACUUCCCCCGAAAAAUUUGCCUACGAAAUGGUACGUAGUUCUUCCCUUCCUAUUGACGACACUGUUUUGAGAGGUAGCGACGAAUUACUAUCACAAUCUAACGUAUCAGUCAUGGCUCCAUCUGCACCACAUUCCGAUAACAACAACCAAGAAAAUGCCAAAAAAGUGAAAUUAGAACAAAACGUAGGCAAACCGUCUAGAGUGAUCCACAUCCGGAACAUCCCGAGCGAUGUAUCCGAAGCAGAAAUAAUUCACCUCGGUCUCCCAUUCGGCAGGGUAACCAACGUGUUAGUAUUAAAGGGAAAGAACCAGGCGUUUUUGGAAAUGGGCGACGAACAAUCGGCUACAACUAUGGUUAAUUAUUUCGCCGGUUGUAUAGCUCAGUUGCGUGGUCGAGCAGUGUAUGUUCAAUACUCCAAUCAUAAGGAAUUGAAGACGGAUCAGACACAUUCGAAUGCGAAUGCUUCUGCGCAAGCUGCAUUACAAGCAGCACAGGCAAUUACAAGCAACUCUGGAACUCCUGCAACAAACUCUACACCGGUAACUAACGGACAGGACAUACAGGGUGGGCCCAAUACCGUUUUGAGAGUUAUCAUCGAGCAUAUGAUAUACCCCAUCAGCUUAGAUAUUUUACAUUUGAUAUUCCAACGGUUUGGAAAAGUUUUGAAAAUCGUAACGUUCACCAAGAACAAUUCGUUCCAAGCUCUCAUCCAAUAUCCGGAUACUCAAUCUGCCCAAUCCGCCAAACAAGCUUUAGACGGUCAAAACAUCUACAACAGUUGUUGUACUUUACGUAUCGAUUAUUCGAAAAUGUCGUCCUUGAACGUAAAAUACAACAACGACAAGUCUAGAGACUACACCAAUCCGAAUCUACCGACCGGCGACGGCGGCGAUCAACUGGCUCUAACCGGAGGUUUAGCCGGCGGUUUGGGCGCCGAUAUUUUGUUAUUGGCUACACAGCCUCGGUUGGCUAGAGAAAGAUUAGCAGAUUCGAUUCUUUCUGGUACACCCGGAGUAUUGAACAGUCCAUUCAUGCACGGUUUGGCUUCUCCUUUGGCAGCGCCGUAUCCCGGAGCUGUUGCUGGCGGAUUACCCGGUCUCGGCAAUUUCGCCUUGGGGCAAACAGCUCCCGGAUUGAGAGGCUUAACAACUCCGGGUCUUGCUAUGGCUACCGUUUUGCUCGUCAGUAAUCUCAACGAGGAGAUGGUCACGCCUGACGCUCUCUUUACACUAUUUGGGGUAUAUGGUGAUGUACAAAGAGUAAAAAUCUUGUACAACAAAAAAGAUUCGGCAUUGGUGCAACUUGCUGAACCCCACCAGGCACAUUUGGCCAUAACUCAUAUGGACAAAUUGAAGGUAUUCGGAAAAAAUAUUAGAGUGAUGUUGAGCAAACACCAGAGCGUACAAAUGCCCAAAGAAGGUCAACCCGAUGCCGGUUUAACCAAAGACUAUAGUCAGAGUCCGUUACACAGGUUCAAGAAACCGGGUUCCAAGAAUUAUCAAAAUAUCUACCCCCCAUCGUCGACGUUACAUUUGAGCAACAUUCCAGCUACCGUUAACGAAGAAGAUAUCAAGGAAGCUUUCACCAAAAACGGAUUCACCAUCAAGGCGUUCAAAUUUUUCCCGAAAGACAAGAAAAUGGCUCUAAUUCAACUGCCCAGUAUGGAAGAAGCCGUCGUGGCGCUAAUUAAGAUGCACAACUACCAGCUAUCCGAUUCGAAUCAUCUGAGAGUCUCAUUUUCAAAAUCUAGUAUAUAAGAGGCGUUUGUUAGAUCCCAAAACAAAACAGUAUUCAUUCCAUUUAACAAAAAAAAUAAAUAGAAAAGAAGAAUCGUUUAACCACGGUUAUUAAAAUGACAUGGUAGCUAAAAAAAAUAAUUUGUAUCACACAGCACUUAUUUAUUGAUAUAUUAUUAUUAUAUAGACUGUUAUUAUUUUUUUUGGCAGGUUUCGGCUUUGUUAUCGGGGGCCAUUUUGUGUAAUAGGUUAAUUUGGCCCGUCCCCCAUCCCCCUAUAUAUUUUAUAUUGAAUAAGUUUAGAUUUUAAGUUAGUUCUUAUUCCCUCCUCGAUGAUUAUUAUGUUGCGUUUAGUGUUCAGUAUUGAAAGGCUUUAAUACUGUUAGCAAAAAAAUUAGAAUUAUGGUUGGACAAAGCGCGGCGAUGUUAUUUUUUGUAAGUUUAUAGAAAUGUUUAUCCAUGUUGUAUAGAAGAAUACGAAAACCGAGGAUCCCCCACACAUACACAUACAAAAACUUGAUCCCAUUUUGGUUUUCCAUAAAUGUUAGGUUAGGUACAAGUUUUAACACGUCGACUGCUAUUAGUAUCAUAACUUGUUGAUUAACAGUAACUCAUGGAUGUACGACUAUUCCAAGUCGUCUGAAAACGGCAAUUAACGUGUUGAUGAAUAAAAAUCGAAUAGUUUUUGGAAUUUCCGCCGAAACUUUCUGAAUUGUCACGUAAUUACAUUUCAUUUAAAUAUUACAGACUUGACAAUUAAAAAAAAAACAAUAAUAGUUUUUAUAAUUAUAGACAAAUGACCAAAUAUUAUAUUGAAAAUGUACGACUAAAUGUUUUAACAUAUUCUACAUCCUAAACUUAAACAAAAAAUUCAAAAUUCCGCUAAAAUAAUCCCGAAUUGUCACGUGGCUUCAUGUACGUUCAAAAAUUGAUGACUUUGAUACGAAAAUUCAAAAUUCUAGCUAAAAUAAUCCAAAUGACAAAUAAAAUAGUAAUUUAACAAUUUUUAUAUGAACAUUUUUAAAAUUCCCGCCGAAACAAUUGAAAAAGUCGUAUGUCUAGAAUUUAUGUCAUUACUACAAUUACUAACUUAAGACUUUAUUAGUAUUAUGUGUAUGAAUACAGCUACGAAAAUUCAGUCUAAAACGCUAUAAACUGUCAUUUGUUCAUGAUUUACGUCAAAAACUGAAAGCAGUUGGCAAUACGAACUAUAAUUUUAUGAUUACUUAUGUUACAAGCAGGUUACUUGACAGUUGAAACUUCGAACUGUCAUUUGAUUAUUAUUCACGUCAUAACAUGAUUAUUUGACAGUUGAUACUAUGAACUGUCAUAUGAUUAUUAUUCACGUCAAAACAUGAUGAUUUGACAGUUGACAUUGCGAACUGUCAAUUGAUUAUUAUUCACGUCAUAAAAUGAGGUAUUGAUAGGGAUAAAAAAUGUUGUUUUUCUAACUGGAUUUAUUUGAAUAGGCGUUUAACAGUAAAAAAAAACAUAAUGAUGUGAGGGAUCCUCAUUUUGGUAGGGAUCGGUUCAAAAAUUAAGAACUAUUCCCGAAUAGUAUUAUAUAUAUAUAUAAAUAUAUGGCUAGUAUUGUUAGUAAUGUCGCGGAAUUAUUAGAAUUAGUUAUUAGAAAACAGUGAUUAGUCUAAUAUAAAUAGGAAUACCACAGGGUUUAGUUCUACCCUAGAGAUAUGGACGUCUUUCUCUAAAAUAUACUCUUGUCGCAAAAAGAAAACGUUUCAUAGAUAAAUAAAAACAAAAAAAUAACAUCGGCAAUAAUGUGUGUGUAUAUCUCAUUGUUCUCAUAGUGAAUCUCUUUUUUAAUUUGUAAGUGUUGCCGCUUGGUAGGAAUUUUUAUUCGCGCACAUUUUUGCCGACGACGCGCGCGUCUCAGUCAAUAUACUGCGAUCGCGCGCGUUCGUUUGUGUAUUUAACAAACUUUACGAACGACGUCGCGAAAAUUCGACUUUACACCUCACUAAUUAUAAUCGUUCACCAAUUAUAACAAUCGGUUAAACGUAUCAAGAUCAAUAAAUAAAAGUAUUCCAUUUGACGAAUUACUAGGAGAUCUUGAAGUAAUUGGCCUUAAAAGAAUUAAAUUCGUUUAUUAAAGUAACCGGUAUAAUUGGUGAUUCGAAGUUUUACAUCAUAUUGAGCAAUCUAACGAAUUGUCAAAAUCACCUGAUGUGUAUUUAUAAAUGGUCGCCGUGGGGUAAACGAGGCUUUUUGACGUCAAUUUCUAUUUGUCGGUUAAUUAGACUUUCCGGUUUUAUUACGAAAUGGCUUCUUGAAGAGUUGUUGCCUGAAAAAUUGCGAAAUUUCCAUCCGAAAACGUAGCUUUGUCGAUUUUUUUCUUCGACUAAGCACUGUCAUACUUAUUGUGGAUAAGCUGUACUCAAAUAACUCUCCUUGAGACAAAACGCACUUCUGCCAACGCCGUUUCCACUAGUGAUAAUAUUGCUGAAAGUCUUGAUGUAGUUCAGUCGUCGUGUCGUUUUUUUUCUUCUGUCUCCGAAGCACCAUUUUGCAUUUCGAGAACAAAAAAAACUCACAAGGGGCUAAAUUUGGUAGUCUGCCAUAGUGAUUGAGCGGGCGCAUUUUCGUGACUAAAGAUCUACCUGCCCUCUUGUGCCAAAUUCCGUCGAACUCGAGCCACUCGAGCUCUGAUACGUCUCAAAAUUGCAACGUGAAGUUUACGUUCAUUCUCUGACCGAGAGGGACAAAUUUCUGGUGAACAAUCAACAUUGGACUUAUUUGUUGUCGGUUCUUUUGUUAGUUUCCAUUUCACAUCGAAUUCGUAAAACCUGGACUCGUCUCCAGUGAUAACUCGGUUGAGAAAGUCCCCUCGUUCCUCUGAUUCCAACCAAUCCUCACAGUACUCAACCCUUCUGUUCUGGAGUCAAGAGCUUCGUUGCUAUUUUCGCUCACAAUUUUUUCAUUUCAUGUUUUUCUUUCAGAACGAUUAUUUUGGGGAUUGAUAGCUCGUCAGCUAUCCUUCUGACUGUUAAUCUACGGUCAUUAAGAACACAAGCCGGAAUUUGUUUAACAUUUUAAUCAGAACUCGAUGACGGGCGUCCUGGACGAGAGCUUCCUUAUUCGCUAUUGGUUCCUUUAGAGAAUUGUCUUCAUAAACUUGUUUUAAACACUCAAAAGUCUCCCGGUUAUUUUUACUUCCACUUCUCAGCUUUUCUGGAACCUUUCUAACCACUUGUUGACGGUUGGUUCCUUCACUCAAAACUCUCACGUUUAUUUAUACCUAGCUUUGCAAGUAACUUGAUCUUGAAGUGCUGAACUGGGCGUUGAAGAGAUUGGCAACCCUUAAAAUAAAAUUUUAUACCGUAUUUUCCGGAAAAACUUCGUAUAGUAGAACUUAUAGAAAGUGAGAAAGACUAAAGUUGGAAAGGGGUUAACUUCACCUAAAACUUUUUGUUUGUCGUUGUACCUUUCACUGGGUUAUCACUUUGCCACCUUGAACAGUAGUCAAUUAUGUUCAAUGCAACAGUGCAAACCGAUUAAAACAAAUUUUAAAAAUACACCGUUUCAGCUGGAUUAGUUUCAAUAAAACAGAUUUAAAAAGUAUCUAUGGGGUAUUCUUUACACCAUAAAAUAAGAGAAACCAGAAUAAUACGAGAAUAACGUAACUGAACAUAUGGGAAAAUCCAUUUUUUACCUUAUGACGGCCAUUUUGACGUAGAUCAUCUGUUUUCUUAGAUUGUCUGAUGAUGUUGGUGAGUUUGAUGGAUGAUAAUUGACAGUUGAAGUUUGUGAUUACACGCGUUAUAUUAGAUACUAUAUACAUUUCUUAUUCUAUCUACUAAUACUUAAUAUAUAUUAUACAUACACUUUGACAAUCAUGAAAAUCAUACUUUUCGCAAAUACUGAAUAAUGAUGUGUAAACGCGUGAUCUUUUUACUUCGCUAAAAUUUAUUACCACCUACAGGUGAUGAUAUGGAAAAAAUGUAUAAAUAGAGUCCGGAAUAUUAAAAUUUUCAUUUUUAUUUGUUAUUAUACUGUCGGACUCUGUUUUAUACUUUCGAUGUGGUUGUUGCGAAGUGCGCAUAUUUUGAUAUAAGACACGCAGCAUUUUUGCCAAAUUUAAAGUCAAUAUCUACCUACCUGUAAAUCUACAUAAACGUGUAUGUGUUGAAAAAUGUAUAUUUUUUUAACUUGUCAAUUUUGGUUUUAAGUACGCGCACAAAAAGGUAAAAAAAAUAUUAUGACGAUUAUUAAUAUCUCUGUGUUUAGUUUUUCCGUUUUUCCAAUUUUCUUUUGUAUCCAACUGUUUUGUUUUGUUUAACCGCUUCUCUUCUUUUCGUGUUUUGUUUCACUUUUAACGUUUAGUUUUUUUAUAAUAAUAAUAAUUUUUUGUAUCUUUUCAUUUUUAUGAUUUUGAUGUUGAUUAAAAGUUUCUUUAUGACA